AUGAAUCGGACUCUGUUCAACAUUGAAAAUGGAGCCAGCAAUUUUGGCAUGUCCUUGUCACAUGGAAACCUGGGAAGGAUGAAUAUAGAUCAACCUCAGAGCCAGGGUGCUGACUACAUGGGUCCAGCUCUAAAUGGAACAUCCCUUAAUCAGCAAUUAUUUAGCCUCCCAAGAAAGCGAACUCACCUCGACACUGAGGCUGACUAUGGCAGCAUGAUGGACAUGGGAGACCCCCUUCAACUUGCUGCAAUGUCCACAGGCUUUCAACCACACCAGACCUCUUCAACCCAGGUAAUUCAGCUUGCACAAGAUGUUGAUAACCUGGAGGGACGUGUGUACACUGACAUGAACAUACUGAAGAAGUUGAUCAAUGAGAAACACACCAGCGUUAUGAAAAGGAUCAUGGAACUGGAAGCUGAGCUUGCACAGAUGAAGGAUCAAGUAGCUGAAUUAACCAAACACAGAGAGAGUGACUCGGGCAGUACACAGACCAGUGGUGGAUCAGCCCUACCACAAAAAGAGAAUGAUAAGGAGGUCAUUAUCCACCAGGAUGCUGUCCAAGCCCAAAUGAAAGCACUCAUUGGAGUUGCCGAACGCCAUGUCAACAACAAAAUUGUGCUCAAUUUGCCUUGCCCAUGCACUGAACUCAGUGAAGAUCGCUUUGAAGAAGUGCCAGGUGUAGAUGGCACCCCACCGCAAUAUCUCCAACUAUGGAACCCAAACUGGCAUGUAACUGGUACCAAGGAUAACUACAAUGUGCAGUUUAUCAAUGCCGUUCUUACCUUUGAGUACAACCAGCAAUAUCAGAUCAAGCCUAAAAGGCUUGAAGAACCUUUUCCUAUGAUCAAAAAUGCAGCUUUUCAGUAUCUUUGUACCCUCUCUGGCAAGUACAUGACCACAAUUGAUCAAGUAGCUUAUUGCAAAGCUGUUUCCAAGAAUGAGAAAACAAAACAUCUCAAUGCACGAAAGGCAAAGUAUGCUCACUGUGCUACAGGGUUCAAAAUCUUUGAGAAGCGUCAUGGAAUCACAGGAGUGUCUGCAGUUGUUACCCUGGAAUACACAUCAGAUGAGGACACUGGUCCUGGAAAUGUCAGCCAGGAGGAUUGGGACAAAGAGGCAGGAAAGCAUUGCCCACCUGGUGCAACCGCAGUUGAAAUUCUCUGGCUGCUCACUAGAGAUGAAACCGCUAUGUGGAUUGCCUAUGCACUUGAUAAAAUUGCUAUUGAGCUGAACAAAGCAAGGGUGCACUACAUAUGUUUCCAUGGACUGCCAGAAAAUGCAGACAUCAACCUGCAAAAGGCUGCUCCUGGUACUGUUACUCCAGCCUGCAUCGUCAGCAAGCAGUGGCAAGAGGCUUACGGAGAACCUGGUAAUGGAAUGUCUCUCACCAUCUUCAACAACACACAAGAGUUGGACAUACCAAUCAACACCGAGAGUCAGAGCAAUCCGGAGCUCUCCAUCUGGCCCUAUCUUACACUCAUCUGGUCCAUUUCUGAAGAAUUUUUGGCUGGUUGGAUCCUUGAGGGUCUGGGGAAUCUGACCAUCAAAGACAUCUGUAUAAUGGCCAGUCUGACGAGGUGCACUUCACCAGCCAUUCAUGGCCUCCUCAAUCCCAGGCACCGUGAGGAGGCUCACCAGCUGUGA